CAGAGAGCCGCCGCCAUAAUACUACAGUGGCGUUUCCGAGUCUUGCAGCUUGCCAGAGUCGAGGAAGAAAAUCUAAGGCGACGACACAGUGCCGCUGUUUAUCUUCAGACAUUGUGGCGUGGUUGGCUUGCAAGACAACAGGUAAAAGAAAUGAUUUGUGCUGCAAGACGUCAUCGUUUCACAGCUGCCGUUUACCAUCAUCUCUGCGCAGUAAGGAUUCAGAGAGCUGUGCGAGCGCACUGGGCUCUUAAAUCAGCCAAGAAGAAAAUCUCUUCAGUCCUGUACAUCCAGCAAUGUUUUAGGGCAAAGCUGCAGAGAAAGAAAUAUCUUAAAGACAGAGAAGCCAUCAUUAAGACCCAGAGGGCAGUGAGAACAUGGUUACAUCGUCGCAACCAAGCCGCCGGUACUAUCCAGUGUGCAGUCAGGAAGCUCCUUCUUAGACGUCGCAAGGAGAAGCUACAACGUGGAGUAAUAAAGGCGCAGGCACUCUGGAGGGGUCAUUGUUCAAGAAAACAUCAUGACACAAGCAGUGUCAUUUCCAUGAGGCGACGUCUCAGGGAAGUAAAUCGAAAGGUGAAGGAAGAGGACAAGCUGUGUAAUAAGACCACAACAGCGUUGAGCUACCUGCUUGGACUUCAGAAUUAUGCUUACAUUCUUGCAGCCUUGAAACAUUUAGAAACUGCCACUAGACUUUCACCAGAGUGCUGUGAACGUCUUGUUGAAAGUGGAGCAACGCACACCAUCUUCACUUUGAUAAGGAGCUGCAACAGAAGUGUGCCUUCAAUGGAGAUCAUCACAUUAUCCAUCCAAGUCCUUCUCAACCUAUCAAAACACAACAGAACCAUUGAUGCAGUUUAUGAUGUGGACAACUCUGUAGAAACCCUCCUGGAUCUUCUGCAGAUCUACCGGGAGAAAGCUGGAGAUAAGGUUGCAGAAAAAGGUGGCAGCAUCUUCACCAAAGCUUGUUUUCUCUUGGUUCUCUUGGUCCAGGAUGAUAGGAGAGCAAUGGAGGUCCGAAAGCUACCGAAGGUUUUGGAUCGCAUUCGUAGCAUCUACCGUCUUGGGCUUCGAAAGUACAAAAUGGAUGCUGAGAGAAACAAAGUCAAGCAGAAAAUGAACACGUCUCUCAAUGGAAGUUUCCUUCUCCAAGCCACCCCUCGAAAGUCAAAACCUGUGGCCAGGUUUGCUCCAGACUGGGUUCUACGCCGUGACAAAAUGAAGGACAUUGUUGAUCCUCUUUGUGCUAUUCAGAUGCUGGUUAACGCUCUGGCUCUUGUGCCUUGAAAAUAUUGCAGCAAGAAAAAAAGUUAUAAAUUUGUGUGCUGCCAAAGUGUUUAAUUGUUGCUCGAAAUUGUGCACCCUGUUGGCUUUGUAAAUAUUGUGUAUUUUUUUAUUGUGUAUAUAUUUUUAUUGCUUUGUUUUACCUUUUAAAUGUUGUGGAUGACUGGUUUAUUGGCACAUAUUAGGGUCUGUGCUGUAAAAUGGCACGUUAGCUUUGAGAUACUGUAAAUAAAGUGCAGUUUCGAAUUGAUUUCUUUUAAUGUGCUGUAAUUGAACAUUAAAAAUAACCACAGCUUUUCA